AUGACUGACCAGUGUGCUGUUGGCGCUGAUGGCAAUCUCAAAGAUGCUUCUGAAAUCGUGUGGCACAACGACCCAGAUGACGAGUGCCCUCUACCUGCCCCUGGUCCCACCACCGAACAAUCUACUGCCCCAGUGCACCAUUUCUUUACUGGUGCUCGACGUAGCGCUCGAGCACCAAGACCUUCGACGAAAAUUGUCGACCCUGACAAUGUUGCCUCGUCAAGUUCAGCCCGGAGCAAGCGAAAGGCUGUGGACAGUGGUCCAGGGACCAGUCGGCGAGUUGCACGCAAGGUAAUUCCAGCUUCCAGUGUUUCUAGUGACGAUGCAGGCAACGGCGAAGAUGACGCAGAGUGCACAGACGACGGUGCAGAGGCUUCAUAUGUGCAAACUAAAGCUAUGGGGGAUGCGGACCGUGAGGCAGGCAGGACUCGUCUCAAAAGCGAACGUACUGCAGACGUCCGCACCAUCUUUCAGGCUAUAGUGUCAUUCUAUUGCAUUAAACUAGGCUAA